CUUUCUUUCCCCCCUCUCUCUCUCUCUCUCUCUCUCUCUCUCUACACCACUAAUCUUGAAGCAGAAAAGAAGCACCAUUUCUGAAACCAAUUUUUCUCGGUUCAAUAUUUAAGUUUCUUUCUAUUCUUCUUAAUAUUGUUCAGCACCAUGGCGACUGGAAUGUUUCACUUUGCCGGGACUGAAGAGUACAACACCGAAUCCCACUUUCUUGAAGCUUGUUAUCUUUGCAGAAAACCACUUGGAUACAAUACAGACAUUUUCAUGUACAGGGGAAACACACCAUUCUGCAGCAAAGAAUGCAGACAAGAACAAAUAGAAUUUGAUGAGGCGAAGGAAAAGAGCUGGAAUAUGUCAAGCAGAUCUAUAAGAAAAUCAGACUCCAACAAGAAUUCUACCCCAACCAAAACCUCACGGACUGGCACUGUUGUAGUAGCUUGACUAUUGACCAGCUAGUAUAUAUAUUGACUAUCUUUAAUUAUCUGUUUGGAGGAAAAGAAAAUGAAGGAAUUCCCCAUGUUGAUCAUGAGUUUGUGUCUUUGUGAUCUGUAAACAUGUGGAGGGGUUGGUUUGAGAUCAGGCAGAGAUAUAAGAUUUUGGGUUUUUUAUUUCCCCUUUCUUUUGGGGUUGGAUCGGUGUUUAUAAGAGCGAUCUUUUGGGAGGAAAAGGAUCUGGGGGGUUGUAUAAUUUUGUAAUGAUGUUUGAUCAUUUUUACUUUCU